AUAUAGUAUAGUCCUGUAAAAAAUGCAUUAAUUUGGGGUACGACAUGCUGGCCUAAAUUGUGCUGAUGUGCCUAAACUCAAAAACUCAACCUGCAUUAAUUUGAACAUAUUCGGGUCAAUUUAUAAUGAGAUGCUGAGCUUAAAAUUAGUUAAAAUUUACAUUUGAUAAUGGGGUUACUAUUGUAUACAGUAAUCCUUUUAUCCACUGUUACCAAAAAAGACUCAAUAUAACAUGUCCAGUUAAAUGUGCAUUAUAUUAUGGGGGUUGGUUCGUUGCAAGAUCCCAGGAAUGUCCCCGCUAUAAAUUUUACUACGCUGUUAUGGAAGAGAAAUGUGUGAAGGAGAAGCAUGUGAACAGGACGAUGACUAUUAUGUCAAUAUAGAGUGGGACCAGCUUUCAUGUCUUUGACCAGCAGAGGUUUUCUAGAGAAAUUCUUCCACUUUAUUUCAAGCACAAUAAUAUUGCAAGCUUUGUUCGACAGCUUAAUAUGUAUGGUUUUAGAAAAGUGACCCAUGUAGAUCAGGGAGGUCUUAAAAUUGAGAAGGAUGACCUACAGUUUCAACAUCAGUUUUUUCAAAGAGGCGAGAGAGACAUGUUGCAGUUUAUCAAAAGAAAGGUCUCAACUACAAUGAUACGCACAACAGAUGCAUUGACUCCUACAAAAACAGAUGAACUUACACGGGUGCUAGCAGAAAUGAAACAGGUCAAGGUCAAACAGGAUUCUAUGGACCAAAAUUUGGAAUACAUCAAGAGGGAGAACAAACUGUUGUGGAGGGAAGUAGCAAUGCUGAGACAAAAGCAUCAUAAACAACAGCAAAUUGUGAACAAGCUCAUUCAGUUCCUGGUGUCUCUUGUCAGCUCCAAUAGGACUGGACUCACUAUUCCCAUCAGACGUGUGCCCCUGGCCAUCAGUGAUGUCAGUCAGAUGUCUCGCCAAAAUACCAAUAAUGCACAAGAGGCUGUUGUUAAAAAUGAAGUGUCUACACCUAUCAUUGCUGGUGAUGUAUCCCCCUCACAGUCAGUGGAUAUUGUGGAAGGGUUUGAAGAUGAUCACUACACUAUUGAGUCUCCCAAAGUAGAUGAUUACAUCAUCCCAACAGUCCCUACUAACAGUGGACCAAUCAUUCAUGAGCUAACAGACAAUGUACAGAAUUUUCUUAUUCCUGCUGAAAAUAUCCCUAUGGCUGAUCCUGGGAACCAUCAAGAAUCUGAUGAUCUGCUGCAAUCUAUUCUUAAAUCAAAUGAAGUGAUUGCCACUCCUCAAGUACCGGUGCGAAACAUUUCUGUCCUGCCUCAGAUUCCCAACAUGCCGAGAGUCACUCUGACAGCAUUUGAUCCUACAUACGUGUCAACAAAAAUAGAGGCUGCCCCGUCACUGGAGGAUGCUCUAACCUAUGGGCUAAAUGUGCCAUCCAGCUCAGGGGUCAACACUGCCUCGUCUAUAUCUACCUUGUCUAAUACUCUUACAGGCUCUCAGAAGAGGAAGAGAAAAUUAGUAACUCUCCCCGCUACAAAUACCAAAAAAAUGAAUGUUUUGAUUAGUGAAAAUAGUGUCAAGAAGCCAAUGUCUCAAAGUCCAAUGUCUCAAAGUCAGACCUCAUCUCUUAACAAUUUAGUCAUGACUAAUUCUGACCUGAAUAGUAACACCCAGACUGAUCAAAACAUUGGGGAAUCUGCAGGCUCUGUGGCCAACUUACCUGUUGCCUCAUCCAAAGAUAAUGAUGAUUUUACCAUCAGCUCUGAUCAACUGGACUUGUUGUCUUCAGACCUAGAUGGACUUAAGGGAAUUCUUCAAGACCAGUAUAAAGUUGACCCAACAUUUCUAAUGGAGUUGUUUGAGUCAUCUAACCCAUGGCCCCUUAAUUCAGAGAAGGACUUUGAUGACCUGAAAGCAAGUAAUGACAGAGAUGAAGCCAGCACAUCAGACAAUGGGAAUAUCACAGGCACUGAGCUGGUUGAGUAUAACCCGAGAGAUGAUCUGUUUCCAGAGCUUCUUGAUGAUAACAUAAUGGGUGACAUUGAUGACAUCGACUAGGACAGCAGGGGUCACUGGCACUCUGUUUCAGAAGGAUUCAGAAGAAAACCUUCCCUGCUCUGUUCCUUGCUUCUAUCAUAAGAUGUCGCAAAGCUUUUUGCUUUAUUGGUGUAUGUCCAAGCUCCAAUGCUGAGGUCAAGCCCUUCCCUUCUAGGCUGAGCAAGAGACUGGGUGGCAAUCUACAUUUUCAUGCAGAAGCUAUUGGAACACACAAAUAUUGUGAGAUUAUGUAAGAAAGUUGAAAAUAUUUGUUUUUGUUACAAGAAGAAAUGAAAUUGAUAAGGUUUUAAUGAAAAAAACUCAGGAUGUUUUCUGUCAGAUGGUUGUUUUUUUUUUUAACAAAUGUAUUUCUACAUUAACUUUUAAGUUUAGGCAGGGCUGCAUCAUUUCAAAGAACUGACUAAAAAAGAAAUAGCCCUAUUAAAUUAAAGAUCUACCAGUUUUGCAUAAUUUUGGGUGUUGGGGGAGAAAGUUGUGUACAUUUCCUUAGAAUUUCCUAAUGCUUUAGCUCAGUUUCAUGAGCUUGGUCCAGUUUGGUUAAAUAGUAGGCCCAAAAUGUUUUGAUUCAAUGAGAGAUGACAGAAUGAGCCUAGUCUAACUUUUGGUGACUGCUAACUCAUCUGUUACAAACAAUUCUGCCUUCAACAUUUCAGGAUGUUUUUACAAAAAAAAAAUGUUUUUCUAUGUUUACAAAAUUAGCCUUUGUUUUUUUUUUAUAAGUAUAAUAAUAUUCUUCUAAAUCUUUUUAUUGCUUUUGGAAACACUAUUUUUAAAAAAAAAAAAAGGAAAUUAAGUUUGGUAGAAAAUUGUAUGUUUAUAUGGAAUCUUUGUUGGACAUUUUGCCAUGUAUGUAAAUAGUGACUUAAUUUUUAUGUCAAGGAAAACUCUGGACUCUAUAAACUGAAUCUUUAGUCAGAAAUAUUUGUUAAAAACAAAUAAGUUUAGUUACCUUAAAAAGAGAAAUGGGGUGGGGUGGGGUUAGGGGUAUAUUUAGGUAAAUUUAAAAUCUGCCAUUUAUUUAUUAAAUGUCUACUUAAAUUAGAGCCCAAAACUAAUUAUGGGCAACAUUUCUAGACAGCAAUAUGUUGCUUUGUCAGUUGUUAUUUUAAGUAUAUGUUUGUAAUGAUGUGCCCCGAAAGGAUACUAUGAAAUCCUAUUAAAGUGAACGUGCAUUGUUUUCUCUUUAUGUCAAAAAGUUUUUCACCCAAAGUAAACUUGUGGCCGUAUUGAAUUUCAAAUAUAGACCCCUCCAAAACAUGUGAAAAUAUUUCCUCAACUCAACCUAAUGAAUUAUUUGAGCAAAGAGUUUUCCUUCAUGUUGUUUUUUUUCUUGCUCUUGUGAUUUUGAUGCUUGAGCCAUGUCAGCUUUCUUUGCUGGCUUGCUAGUAAACUCUCUUGUUACUGUAUGAUAUACAUAGUCAGUAUUGUCAGGACUAUGAAGGACUUAACAUCGGUUUGUUGCUUCUAUGGUUUUGUGUACAGAUCAUUGUGUUGAUAAGUUCAUUUGAUCUAAUCUAUAUAUGUUACCUCAUUGUUAUUGUUUUUAAAUAGCAAAGUAAUUUUUAACAAUUUUGUACAAAUAAAAUAACAACUAUUGAAACACAUGUGGCUAAGUGAAAGAAACAAAAUCUCUAACAUUUUGUAGCUUUAAUUGUAGAGUUUUAAGAGUGUAAUCCAUUGUAUCGGAUAUAUCUGAAGAGAUGACUUGUACUUAUCACAGACCUGCCUACCGUUACGCAAAAUGCGUAUUCGUUACGCAAAAUCUCCCAAAAAUGACCGUCAGUACGCAAAUAUGCAUGUAACCCGUCGCGUUACGCAUUUCGUAUCCUUUUUUUUCCCUCUCUUUACUAGCUUACGAGCGGUCACAGAGGUCACACUAAGCCGUCCUGUUGGAGGGUGGGGUAACACAUUGUGACAUUGUGUCCAGAUCUAUACGUUGAUUGGCUCUUAAAAGCAAUUAGAUUUAGUCUAGAAAUGAAGAACGAGAGAGUGAGGGAGUGGCGGGUUGGUACCGUCAGUUAGCUGAUACAUCAAAGUGACUUUUUUUUUUUUUUUGUAAGUUCAUUAGUAGAAAUUAAUUAUGUUGAAUCCCUGAUUCCCGUAUUCAUUUGUAUAGAAAAAAAAUAUCAAAGUGCUAUCGAUUCAAAACACAUUGAGUGACAUUGUAGAUAUCUAGAUCUAGAAUCUAGAUAACUUGUUAUACAGGAAUAGAUCUAGCUAGACAUUACGUUAUGUCAUGAUUCUCUUUCUAGAUCGAUAACAUCUACUACCAUCUAGUCUAGAUCUAGACUAGAUUCUUAGUCUUAGUAUAGAAUAGAUCAAGGAUGAAGGUAGGCCUACAAAAGUUUGGGGUAGACCUACGUUUGUAGCGGAUCCACGGCAUCGGUAACACUCUUGAGCCCAGAUCUAGAGUAUAUAUAUUCAUUAUAUAGACAUAGAUCUAGUCUAGAUAUCAUCUCUAUUGUCGUAUUGAUGAUUUAGAUUGUAGAUCUAAUCAUGACAUCUAGAUCUAAUAUUAUAUAUAUAUAUUAAUAAAUAAAUAAAUAAAUAUUUAUUUUAUAUAUAUAUAUAUAUAUAUGACAAAAUAGUGGAUCGCGUAAGUGUUACGUAUUCUGGUGCCAAAAUACGCAUUUUGACCAUCAGCGUUACGCAUUUGGACUUUUUUUGGUAGGCAGGUCUGUGAUCAGAUGUUCGUUUGGAAAAGAGAAUUAUUAUGUCUUAGCCCAAUAGCGUCAGUCAAGGUUUAAAAUCAGGACCAUCUUGAUGACAAUCUGGAGCACAUACCAGAGGUAGCAAGUCAUCCAUAGAUAAAAAGAGAUGCUAUUAUUUACAAUGUUAUCAGUCUUUCAAGAUUGGAAUGACUGAAAUACAAGUAUUCUAAGACAAUAAAAGAAAAUGAAUAUGCAAAAAAAAAUAAUAAAAAAAUUUUAUUCUAUCAAAGUUUAGGAAAAGUAAAUUUCCAUACUUGGAAAGAAUAUAAUAGUGCUGGUUAAAUUCUAUUUCAAUUAUCUUCAAAGGCUUUUAAUAAACUAAAUAAUUUUUUAUGAAUAUGCUUACUUCAUUACAAUAGUAAUACAUUUAAAAGCUCUAAUCAGUUUUGGGAUAAUUUGGGGAAAGCCAAUGUAAACUUAGAUUACAAAUUCAAUUUAAAAACAGUCCUAUCAAGUACUUUAUGUUGACAUGUUUCAUUUGGUAGCUUUACUUUAUAUAUAUAUAUAACUUAAGGAAUUUAGGGGUAUUCUUUUGUUUCUUGAUUCUAUAAUUUGACAACAUGACAUUCUGUAACAAAUCUCUGGCGACUUAAAUCAGUCCAUUAGAAAACUCUUGUUUUUUUUUUCUCUCUGACAUUUGCUUCCAACUUUGACUUUUCUAUUGUGUUUUUUGUUCCUCACUUGUUGGUCAGUCAUUUGUUCUGACUUAUUUUCCUUUUGUAAACCUACAGUCUAGGAGUGAUAUGCCGUGGCUGUUUCUUUUUCCUAGAAACAAGAUUUAUAAUCAUUCAUUGCCCAAACAUUUAGCACUGGGGAAAUUUGUUCAUUAGUUUGUAUAGUUUAAAACCAGUCUUGCUAUCUACAAUGUUGGCUAAAACUAUCAACCUAUUUUUGAACUUUCUUUUUUUUUAAGAGCUUGGUAGAAAUAAAAUCAUUGCUAGAAUUGUCUCUAAGAAUGCAGCUUGUGUUCAGACACUUGUGUGUUCAAACUGUGUUCACAUACUUUCAAACACAACUUGAUUUCUACAAAUUUAAAUUUAUCUUCAGUGCAUGCUUUUCAACUGACGUUCAAUCUGAGUGUUAAAACACUUUCUCUCUUGUUAAGCAGAAAACAUCUUUCCAUAUGCUUGCCAUGCAAUAAUCCUUCCAUUAUUUCCUACAUACCAUCAUGCAUUUACUUGUUUGCCUCAGUGCCAUAACUUAGUGGAACUGCAAAGUAAUCUUAUAUCUAUUGCCAAUCUGACAGGUUCACAGAAUAACUCUGCAGGAAACUGUUUCUAUUUUCCUGUGGCUCAUGUUCUGCAGACCAAAUCAAAUGUUAUAGGCACAUAUUGUUAAUGAGUGUGGUCCUAGCUAGUGGCUCAUAGUCUGCAGACCAAAUAAAGUGUUAUAGGCACAUCUUGGUAGUCAAAUCCUGUAGUAGUUUCCUAGCUAGUGGCUCAUAGUCUGCAGAAUAAAUAAAGUGUUAUAGGCACAUCUUGGUAGU